AUGGGGCAUGAGUUGGCGAAUGCGUGGGCUCCGCAAAAGGACGCUGUAGCGAUUGAGCUACUGGAGAAUGAGCGAUGCGUUUUUCUGGAGCCUGUAGUUCUUGGGGGCACCAAUGAGUCCCCGAUAGGGAACGCAACGGAGGGUGAUAAGGCACUACUUCUGGGCACCACUUUUGCCUUUCCAGAUGAGCCGUUGUCGCGGUCCAGUCGCUUCAUAUGGUAUUCAGUCGAGGAAGGCCAGCUGAUCUCCGAGCGCCCCCAGUUGCGGCAACUUGGUAGCAAAGACGUUGAGGGGGCAUUGCAGUGCUGUUGCAUUGUUCCAAAUUAUAGUGGUCGAAUAGCCCUUGGAAUAAAUGGCUGCAUAUCGCUGUAUAGUUGGAACGCCGCGGACGCGGUUUUUGUGGCCGAGGAAACAGUUUCCGUCGGCACCAUUAUCACCCGUCUACAGCCUAUAUUUCAACAAGAGGCCUCUUACCUAGUGGCGUUUGACGCUCGUCACAGUUGCUUCUUUAUCCAGGUGGAUGUUAUUCAGGGGAGCCUGAAGAUUGUCGCUCGUGACACGGAACCGCGAGGAGUCAUGGAUGGUGUUGUGCUUCAGUCGGGCAAAACCAACGACAUGUGCUUUGGCGACGAUUACUACAACUUUUAUUGCCUCUCUCGUGGUGCCCCGGCGCCGUCCAGUUCUUCAGACGCGGCGUCCGCGACGGCGGCAAGCGGCAAACUGAAGACGACCGCACAAUAUCACUUGGGGGACAUGGUGACGGCGAUGCAACUAGGCAGUUUUGCGCCCUGCUGUCUUGAAAAUACUGCAGUUCCUGUCCACAAUGCCCUCAUUCCUGGUAUUUGUGGCCCACAAGUUGUGUUUGGGACGUCGCAUGGGGCCCUUGGUACGAUAACCCCUGUGUCGAACGAAACCUACCUGCUUCUAAAGGCUUUGGAGGUGGCUGUCGCGUCGGCAGUUCCAGCGUUGGGAGGGUUUGAGCACGCUGCGCACCGAGAGGUUCUUCGCGCUGGUCAAGAACGCGGGUAUAGUCGGAAUGCCUCAUUUGAGAAUGCAAGCUCUAGCUCACCGGAGGUUUUUAAGCAGCGUCGGAAGCGCUAUAUCUCCAGGUGUGUUUGUAGUGGAGACUUGGUUGAGUCUUUCUUGAGUCUGCCACAGACCGCUCAACAGCGCAUUGUGCGCGAGGCCGAUGAGUGCAUUAUAGGCUUCUUUGCCUCCAUGAACUCCACUCUGGAGGAGUUUUUUGAACAAUCCGACUUGGACAGGCCGAUCGCUGGAGAGCGCAACCUUCACGUGAGCGAGUGCAAGGCCAUGGAUGGCGUAAAUGCCCUCUUCUCUGAAAAGGGUUUGCCAACCCUGCCGCUAACGAGGGAGGCCGUUAAAGAUUUGCUUCAAAAGAUGCGGCGAAUUCACUAA